AUGGGAUGCGAGGCCGUGCAGGCGUGGUCUUUGGGCGGUUUAGUUGCCGCUUUUGUUGAGCUUGCAAUUGCGUACCUGUUGCUGUGUGCAUCAGCUGCUGCUUACGUGGCGUCGAAAUUCCUGGGCUUCUUGGGCAUGAGCUUGCCCUGCCCUUGCGAGUACGUCGCCUUCCUCAAUCUCAACGCUAGAGUUCUCUGCCUCAACAGGCUUUUACUUGAAUUCCCAGCCCAAACAGUAGCAGAUGUUGAGCAGAAACUCCCUUUCAGUCAUCCCAAAAGACAGGAUGACGUCUGUUAUAAUUCUGUUGAGGCAUCCAGAAGUUGGACGAGCCUUGAUUUGAAGGGGAAGAGGAUAAAGAGUAGUAAUAGAUCUAUAAGUAGUCGGUUGAGACGUCGAAAAAGGGGUGUUCAUGGACGUAAACUUCCACCCCUCGUGUCGUGUGAUACUUUUUCCAAUGAAGAUGUUUUGGAAGGGGAGCAUUUUGAUCAUUUUGGUAAUGGUGAAUAUGACAAUACAUAUCCCACAGAAGCAGGAUUGAAAGAAAUGUCCAUCCCCAGUGAUGAAAAUUAUUCAUCCGACGCCAAUGUGCACGAAAAGGAAAUAUAUGUAGAAGAGCUAUACGAUCAUCCUCCAAGGGCUCAAAGUUUAAGUGGAGAUGACGAAAACAAAGUAAAAUUCUUAGAACAAACUCUUGCAGAAGAACGUAUUGCACGUGCUGCACUUUACAUCGAGCUCGAAAAGGAGAGGAGUGCAGCUGCUAGUGCUGCUGAUGAGGCUAUGGCCAUGAUCCUUCGCCUUCAGGAGGAGAAGGCAUCAAUAGAAAUCGAGGCUCGACAAUAUCAGAGGAUAUUAGAAGAAAAAUCUGCUUAUGAUGCUGAAGAAAUGAACAUUCUGAAAGAGAUUCUUGUGAGGAGGGAGAUGGAGAAGCUCUUUUUAGAAAAGGAGGUUGAAGCAUAUAGGCAGCUGGUCGGUUUUGGGAAUGAACAAGCUGACUACCCCAAUUCCAGGCAUGCCAUGGAAAAUGAGCUUUUAACUUGCUUUCAGAAUGAAAGAUCUAGUUUCGGAAAUAAACGGCAAUCGAAUGGCAGCUCUGUACAGAUGGAUGCGGAACUUCAGGAGAAGGAGUUUGUAUCUGCAGAUAAUAGGUCACGAUUGGAUGCAGAAGUACUUGAGGAUAUUCAGGAGAAGAACCAAGGAGAUAAACCAGCAGAAAAAAUUAUCAUAAUAUAUAAUGGAAAGGAGACAGAUGAUCCUGGUACAACGUCCCAACCCAGCAUUUCAUCUGAUCCAACGUCUGAACCGGGCGCUUCGUCUAAUGCAACGUCAGUUAAAGACCCACAUUUUAAUGAUGGAAAAAAGAGAAGCAGCUCACAGACGAGCUGUGGUCUUCCACCUCUGAAGCCUUCUCUGUCUGCAGUAGAGAGUGAAAUGGUGAAAAUUGAUUGUGAGGUUGCGCGGCUUCGUGAAAGGCUAAGGCUGAUUCAGGAAGGGAGAGACAAACUUAGCCUCUGCUCGGAAAGCCGAGAAAGGGAGAAUUUACAACUGAAACUUUUGGAGGAUUUUGCACGCCAGGUCCAGGAGAUUAGGGAGAUUAGCCAGUUAACUGGACCUGGAAAAACUUCACGGCAAGUCUCGUUGCCCCUUCCAACAUCUGAGGUUUUAUCUAAGAAAAGGAGGAGAAGAAGUGUUUCUUCAGGGUUACAGAGAAGCUCAGAAGGGUAA